AUGGUUUCGAUUAAUCAAACUACCGUAACAGUUCAUACAAUUAAAUCUUCUUAUUUAAUGCUAAAGUGGACGGCUAUUGUAAACAAAGGAUCGGUAUGGGCGAGUAAUAUUAGUGGUUGCGGUAUCCCCCACAUUUCUAUUCCUUCUUUUUUGCGGAAACAUUUUAUUUAUCAUCCACUGAAAAAAAUAAGACGUACUGAUAACAACAGUAAAGAAGGUCAUAAAACUGAGAAUUAG